UUAGGUCUCCCGCCUGGCGCACAGCGUGUUCCGGGGUUCCAGGCUGUCCAGGGACUGGGCGACCCUGCUUGCUGCGGGCGGCUGCUGACCCUCGUCCUCCCGGUCAGGGGGCCAAGAUAAUGGCCUCCGUCCGUGUGGCAGCGGCAAGACGGGGCCUCUGCCGAGCCUCUCUGCUCCUCCUCCGGCGCCGCUACCAGACGGAGAAAGGGGUCUACGGCUACCGGCCGAGGAAGCCCCAGAGAUGGGAGCCCCAGGGUGGCCUGGCGCGCCCCCCAGUUGAUCAUGGCCUUGCCAGGUUGGUGACAGCAUAUUGUGAGCAUGGUCAUAAAGCUGCCAAAAUCAACCCCCUCUUCAUUGGACAAACCCUGCAAGAGAACGUGCCUGAAAUCCAAGCCCUCCUGCAGACCCUGCAGGGACCCUUUCAUACCACAGGAUUAUUGAACAUGGGGAAGGACAAGGCCUCUCUUGAGGAAGUAUUAGCCUAUCUCAACCAGAUAUACUGUGGGCAUAUUUCUAUCGAAACCUCCCAACUUCAGAGCCAGGAAGAGAAAGACUGGUUUGCCAGGCGGUUUGAGGAACUAACAAAGGAGACAUUUACCAUAGAAGAGCGAAAACAUCUGUCAAAGCUGAUGCUAGACUCUCAGGAGUUUGACCACUUCUUGGCCACCAAGUUUGCCACAGUGAAGCGAUAUGGAGGUGAAGGUGCUGAAAGCAUGAUGGGCUUUUUCCACAAGUUGCUGAAAAUGUCAGCCUACAGUGGCAUCACUGAUGUUGUAAUUGGGAUGCCCCAUAGAGGGAGGCUUAAUUUGCUGACGGGCCUUCUGCAGUUCCCUCCAGAGCUAAUGUUCCGUAAAAUGCGAGGCUUAAGUGAAUUUCCGGAUAGUAUCUCAGCCACUGGAGAUGUCCUGUCUCACCUGACCUCCUCAGUUGACCUGGACUUUGGCACACACCAUCCCCUUCACGUGACAAUGCUGCCCAACCCCUCCCACCUGGAAGCCGUUAACCCUGUGGCUGUGGGGAAGACUCGGGGAAGGCAGCAGUCCAGACAGGAUGGGGACUACUCUCCAGAUAGUUCGGCUCAGCCCGGGGACAAAGUCAUUUGCUUACAGGUUCACGGAGAUGCUUCUUUCUGUGGUCAAGGGAUUAUUCCUGAAACAUUUACGCUCUCUAAUCUCCCACAUUUCAGAAUUGGUGGGAGUAUCCAUUUGAUUGUCAAUAACCAGCUGGGUUACACCACUCCUGCAGAAAGAGGACGGUCUUCAUUAUAUUGUAGUGAUGUUGGAAAGCUUGUGGGCUGUGCCAUCAUCCACGUCAAUGGAGACAGCCCAGAGGAAGUGGUCCGUGCCACACAGCUGGCUUUUGAAUACCAGCGCCAGUUCCGGAAGGACGUGAUUGUUGACUUGUUAUGCUACCGACAAUGGGGCCACAAUGAGCUGGAUGAGCCCUUCUUCACCAACCCGGUCAUGUACAAAAUCAUCAGAGCCCGAAAGAGCAUCCCAGACACAUAUGCAGAGGACCUCAUUGCCAAGGGACUCAUGACCCAGGAAGAGGUGUCAGAAAUCAAAGCCUCCUACUAUGCAAAGUUAAAUGACCAUUUAAUGAAUGUGGCCCACUAUAGCCCUCCUACCACAAGCCUGCAGGCCCACUGGCAGGGCCUGGUUCAGCCAGGAGCAUGCAUUACUACCUGGAACACAGGGGUGCCCCUAGACCUGCUGCGGUUUAUUGGUGGGAAAUCUGUGGAGGUGCCGGAGGAGCUCCAAGUGCACAGCCACCUUCUGAAGACUUAUAUUCAGUCCAGAAUGGAGAAGGUGAUGGAUGGAACAAAGUUAGACUGGGCCACAGCAGAAGCUCUUGCCUUGGGUUCAUUACUUGUUCAAGGUUUUAAUGUCCGUCUGAGUGGCCAAGAUGUUGGCCGUGGAACAUUUAGUCAGAGGCAUGCAAUGGUUGUUUGCCAGAAGACUGAUGACACCUACAUCCCUCUGAACCAUAUGGACCCUAAUCAGAAAGGGUUUCUAGAGGUCAGCAACAGCCCUCUGUCAGAAGAGGCAGUCCUGGGAUUUGAAUAUGGGAUGAGCAUUGAAAGCCCUAAGUUACUGCCCCUCUGGGAGGCUCAGUUUGGUGAUUUCUUCAAUGGCGCCCAGAUCAUCUUUGACACAUUCAUCUCAGGAGGAGAGGCCAAAUGGCUCCUACAGAGUGGUAUCGUUGUCCUCCUGCCCCACGGUUACGACGGGGCUGGCCCCGACCACUCCUCUUGUCGCAUAGAGCGUUUCCUGCAGAUGUGUGACAGUGCAGAAGAGGGCGUAGAUGGAGACACAGUGAACAUGUUCGUGGUACACCCAACUACUCCUGCACAGUAUUUCCACUUGCUCAGGAGACAGAUGGUCCGGAACUUCAGAAAACCCCUCAUUGUUGCUUCUCCGAAGUUGUUACUUAGGUUCCCUGCAGCUGUGUCAACUCUUCAAGAAAUGGCACCAGGAACAACAUUCAAAACAGUCAUUGGUGAUUCAGCUGUGGACCCAAAACAUGUUAAGAGUUUAGUGUUCUGCUCUGGCAAACAUUUCUAUGCCCUGCUGAAGCAAAGAGAAUCUUUGGAGGCUAAGAAGCAGGACUUUGCCAUCAUCCGAAUAGAGGAACUCUGCCCUUUUCCACUGGAUUCCUUACAACAAGAGAUGAGCAAGUACAAAUACAUUAAAGAUUUUAUUUGGAGUCAGGAGGAGCCUCAGAACAUGGGUCCAUGGUGUUUUGUUUCUCCAAGGUUUGAAAAGCAACUGGCCUGCAAGACAGCUCCGGCUUGUGAGCCGACCCCCUUUGCCAGUACCUGCUGUAGGAAUCGGCACCGUUCACCUGCAGCAGCAUGAGGAUGUCCUCACCAGCACCUUUGCUUGAUGAUACUCCUUGAAGAAAUACUAUUCCCUUUUAAGAAAACUGUCAUAGAAAGGAACACCUGCCUUUCUCUCCUUUCUCCUUCCUGCAUUAUAUAACCUGAGAAGCCUGUAAUCCUCUAAAUGUUGGGAUUGAUGAAGGCAGUUGAAUAUGGAAUACAUGGAAUAGCCAAGGGAAUCAUUUAUCAAUACAGGAAUCGACAAGUCCCUUUUACUUUUGAAAGUAAAAUAGUGUUAUAUUUUUGUUUAGAUCUGAGUUGUAGAGCUAGGUCAUUAUCCAGAUUUUUUUUUAGUCUCCACUCUUUCUCUUUAACUGUUUAUGCCUAAGAAAAGUUCUUUAGCUUGAAUUUACAGCUAUGUAUAGAUUACUUCAACAUUACUGCUCAGUCUGUUUGAUGUAUGUUACUUUCAUUAAUUUUCUUUUUCUUUAUUCAAAGUCCUGUGACUACCAAUAUUUGCCUUUUAUAAUCUCUGGUGCUGCUUUCCAGCCACUGUGAAAAAUGUUUAACUAAACACCAUAGCAAAACUAUAUUAUUCCUUAUUUGUGUUUUUCAAGAUAUUUUAGUCAUUAUCCUUAAAUAUUAGGUCCUAUGAAAUGCAAAUCUCUUGGUGUAUGAUCUUUUAGCAUGGUAUUAAGAAAUUUUAGUUAAAAUGAAAUUGAUUUGUGGUCUACUUUGCCACAGUAUCUUUUUUUCCCUUAAUUGCUCUUGCAGUGAUAUAGUAAUGUUUUUACUUGACUUUGGGUAUCUGAAGAAAUUUGGGAGAUUUCAGCCCAUGGUUAAUUGGUCUUACUUCUAAAAGUCCCCACUGAAGUAUGAUGUCUAUUUGUGGUGUUAAAGGAGCACUUUAACUUUGACAGAGGGAACUUCCCAGUGGCAGGCCCUGGGGAGUUACAGAGAUCACCAGCCCACUCUCCUUUUCUGAAAUUAAACUUAGUACUGGAAGCAUAACUGAACAGCAGCAAACUGGGUGGCUUUACAUGGCUUGGUGCUACAGGGGCUCUGCUAUCUACCAUUUGUGUGCCAUGACACGGCUUUUCUCAGAAAUGAAAGGGGAAGCACUGGGGCCCUGGAAAGCCCUUUCCACUUGUACUGGCAACUGGUGAUGUCUUUCAGAAUCAAUGUAUAGGCUGUUGUGGCCACAGCAGUAGAUGCAUGAGUCACAUCUUCCUUGCAUGUGUUAGUGUAUUGAUUUAACAUUUCUAUAAUAUUCACACCCUAUAACACCUUAACACCUCCUUCCUGUGUCAAACCUCAUAGAUCAUGUAAUUUAAAGGUGCCACUUGCAUAAAUCAGUAACAUUUCAUGAGACUGGUUAUUAAUGUUGUGUAUUGAACUAGGAAAAAAAAUCAGUGUCUUUUUUUCAGAUUUUUGGUUUCUUGAAUUAAAAAUUUUCAUAAGUCUAAGCACAAAAUGAUGUGGGAAAACUAGAUAUUUCAGUUAAGUUUAGAUCUCUCUAAAUUUCUAACUCUACACCUUACAAGUCAGGUUCUGCUUUCUUGUUACAGCUUCUCCAACUUGAGCCAUGAAAUGUGUCUUCUGUAUCUUAACCUUUUUACUCUCUAUCACUCCUGAAACAUGGGUCAGCAUUUUGAAUUACCUUGCAGGAAAGGAGCAUUUAAAUGCUCCUUUCCAUAUCAAGUACUCCCAUAAUAAAGUAUGGGAUAAAAUAUCACAAUAAAAUAAAAAUACUUUGCUUUAUUGAAGCAAACUUUAGAAAUUUGGUAAUGUGCUAUUUGUAUCCUGUUUAUACCUAUCUAUGCUAAUUUUACAUUCAAUACAGAGUAGAGUUCAAAUUGGGUACUCAGUGAAUAGAAAUAUUACAAACCAUGCAAAAAAUUCUAUUUUGUCUAAAAUGACACAUUCUUAGUAGAAAAACACAAUCUUCCUCAAAGGACCAUUUUGCUCAGUUUUCCUGUGUUUUUCUAUAUACCUACUAUAAAGAGCAUAGCCUUUUUUAGCCAGACUAUAUCACCUUUAAGUUUUAAUAUUUAAGAAUUCUUUGACUGACAAUAGAAACAGUGUCCCUUUCACAAAACUGAGGAAAAUUCAGUUUAAAGAAGUUAGGGGUUACACAGGAAGGAAGUCGUAGAUUAAGGAUCAAGAUUUUUGAGGUGUCAAGGUUCUAAAAGCUUAACCUAAUCUCUCUUGGAUCUACGGAUAUUUGGUUUUCAUCAGCUUUGUAUAAGGUUUAGACUAAAACCAUUUUGGGGUAUUUUAGACAAAAUAUUUAAAUCUUCAAUAUUUAUAAUACACUAUAAGACAAAUAACUCCUAAAUUACUGUAUGGACGUAGUAAUUCAUUGUUAAGUUUGUAUUUAAAUAUGAUAAAGCACAAUCUAAAGCAGACUGUUAUGUCCCUACUGCCAAAUGCAAAACUAGUUCAUUUUAGAAAACUUGUAAUAAAAGUAUGUUUAAUUUAA